AUGGGCCGUGUGAUCGGGCCGCCGGCUGCCGGCAGCCUAUUAGCUAACCCGUACCCGCUUGCGGCCAAACGGUGUAUUGGAUUCGGGUCGGGUCCUAAAACCCCUAAUGUGCCGAUUUUCCUUCAGUCUUCAGAGCUGCGAUUCAGCAACCACAGAGAGGCUCCAAGGAGAGCUGCUGAACCCAGAAGUGGCUCUUGCCGAAGUAACUUUUCGAUUCCGAUCAUGGGGAAAGUAAACUACAAGAAAAUGAAGGGUUCCCAGAACCUUCGGCAGAGGCUUCUGCUAUCGACGCUCUCCGGCACACCUAUUCUCGUCGAAGACAUUCGCGCCGACGACAAAUUCCCCGGCCUCCGCCCCCAUGAAAUCUCUCUUCUCCGCCUCUUUGACCGAGUCACCGAUGAUUGCGUCGUCGAAAUCAAUGAUACCGGUACGAAAUUCAAGUACAAGCCUGGUGUGGUUAUGGGGGGAAGGCGUGUUGCUCAUGACUGUGGUGUGAGUCGAGCAAUUGGAUAUUUUCUGGAACCUUUGAUUGUUCUCGGAUUGUUCGGCAAGAAGCCGCUUGAGAUAAGGCUCAAAGGGAUUACAAAUGACUCGAAGGAUCCAUGUGUAGACACAUUUCGCUCGACUACCCUGCCAAUAUUAAAGCGAUUUGGGGUUCCUUCUGAAGGACUGGAUCUUAAAAUAGAGAGUCGUGGAGUUCCACCAUUGGGUGGAGGAGAAGUUGUUUUAUCAGUUCCUAUUGUCCAAGCCCUGUCGGCUGUCACUUGGAUUGAUGAGGGAAUGGUCAAAAGGAUUCGAGGGUGGACUUUCUCCGCCAAAGUAUCUUCUCAAUUCGAGAUCCAAAUGAUCCAUGCUGCCCGUGGUAUCUUCAAUAAUCUGCUUCCUGAUGUUCAUAUAUUCACCGAUCACAAAGCAGGCUUACAGGCUGGAAAUUCUCCUGGCUAUGGAAUCUCCUUGGUUGCCGAAACCAAUGCUGGCUGCUGCAUCUCGGCUGAUACUACGAUUUCUUAUGCACGGGGAGAUGAUGUUGGUGACAUGGAAGACGAGAAGAAAGAGUUGAAGCCUCCACAGGAUGUUGGUGAAGACAUGGCUUCCGCUCUGCUUGAAGAGAUCGAGCUAGGUGGAGUGGUAGACUCUUCGCACCAGGGUUUGUUGUUUCUUCUUUGCGCUCUAUGCCCUCCCGACAUUUCCAAGGUCCGGGUGGGGAAGUUGAUGCCAUAUGGAGUCGAAACGUUGAGGCAGAUCAAAGACUUUCUGGGCGUCGAAUUCAAUAUUAAAAUGGACACAACAACAAAGACAGUUAUACUGAAAUGUAUGGGAUGUGGGUUGAAGAACCUAUCGAGAAAGAGUUCAUAAUUAGUGACUUUGCCAUUCUUUAUAGUGCUUGGCGUUGCAUCAUAGACUUCCCAGGUGCUUCCAGAGUAUUAAUGUAUCAGUAAACAGAAAACUAUGAGGCAAAUUUUGAUAGCUACGAUGUACUAGCAUUGUUCAGAUCUUUGAAUCGUACUUUCAUUCACUACAUCCUCUCUACGUUCACAACUCUGAAAGUAUAACCAGCUA